GACAUCCCAAGAAGCGCUAAAUCGGCAGCCCAACAACGCUCCUUCAUGUUUGCAUACACUCUCAGCUGACCUGAGGCCCGCCUCUCAUCCUAUCAUACGACAGCCGCCGGCCUUUUCCGAUUCCGAAUCUUCGAAUUGACCAUAGCCGUAUCAUCUGCGACGCAACGCACGUCCGAAUCGCGACCUAGUAUGACGCGACGCGACAACCACCACGACAAUCACCACCACCAUCACAUCGCAGAAGUCACGGCUGCCCGCGCUCCCGCUUGAUCGAGUCGCAACACAAAUCACCUGUCCCGUUCUGGGAUGAAUGGUGGGGGAGACAAGGCAGGCAAGGCGCCCAUUCCAGGUGCUCGCGCCAACGGAAGAAUAUUCUUGCCAUCGUUUGCUCUCAACGCCCCUGCCGACGCGACAAGCAACACCAACGGCGUGGCAGACAACGAGAAAACACAAGCAGCCAUGGCCAGUGGCGCGCAUUCGCGCAAACACAGCCAAGGCUCGCUCCCCGAUGCCCCCGACUCCUCGCGCAUCCCCCGACCGUCCUCUCGCGCGAGUCCUCAAACGCGUCGACCCUUCACCAUCACUGAAGCCACCGACUGGGCCAAGUCCCGAUUAGCUCAAGGCUCACCCAGCCCGGCACCCCGGCCCGCGCGCCCAGGCUCUGUCAACUCGGACCACAGGCCUUUACCAAGCUUGUUUACUCAGAGGCCGAUAGAUUUGGGCCGUCUCGGCACCAGGCGACCUCCACCACGCCGCGAUGGGACCUCCGUCUCCAAGGACACUUUCGGGUCUUCGUCGCACAAGGGAGACGUGUCGGACGAUGAGCUCGACCGCAAGCUUAAGCAGUAUGAAGAGGACGAGAAAAUCAUCCAAUCUAUGAAGGAAGACAAGAAAGGCCUGUUCAACAAGCCCAAAUUUGGACUGAAUGGCACUGGGACCUACACCAAGCCAAGUAAUGCCACAAGCAACGGCGGUUCUGGUGACGGUGGCCCGGGCGGCAAGGACCCUCGCCAGUCAUGGGUUUUCGCUGAGACAGGGCAUGCCAGACCCGAUUGGAUUAAGCAAUUCAAAUCGGAAGAGCAGGCCUUGGAUUUCGCCCCGGGCAGGCAGUCAAGGAUACAAGGAUUCUCGAGCUUUGGAAACCGCGUGCCGGGCUCCAAGAGGAUAUCGACAAGUCAGAGUCGACCAGAGAGCAAAGAACCGGCCUCGGCGAUUCCACGCCCAGCCACAGUGGCGCCGAUCCAGUCCCCAAACAAGAGUUACGCCUGGCAAGUUGAUGAAGACUUCACAGCUGGGGACUUGCAGGUUUCAAAUAGCCCCCCUGUGAGCUAUGGCCGUACCAACACCAGGUUGGACGAGAUCCGGAGGCUAGAGAUUGAUGCCGAGCUCGAUUAUCCCAUUGAGAACCAUCGCUUCGUGCCCCAGCGCACGAAUACAAAACUCGACGAGAUUUUGCAACGAGAGAAAGAUGCGGAGCGCAAGUACCCCGUUCCCAGGAUCGAAGAGCCAAGCGCGGAACCGGCUGGUGAGCUGUUUACGGGCGUCGAAACGAAGAAAGCAACUACAACACCAAGUUUGGCAGAGGCUGGAGGAGGAUCCCAACGUUCGCCAGGAAAUGAUGACCCUCCCAAAGAGCCUCUUCCGUCAACACGACUGAACGGGAUCAUGGAGCGAGGAAUCUUCCGGGCGCCUUCCCCCAAGCCUGAACUGAGGGACGACUUCGGGCGACCACACCAGACCACCUCGCAUGUGAGCCACGAUUCCAAGACGCAACCCCAAAAGCACGACUACAAUGGUAUGGACGGCGAGAAGGUCCCGAACACGCCCGUCACAAUAUACAGGAACAGGUCCCCGACUCAGCCCAUUGAUGAGCAUAACGGCCCUAAUCCAAGCACAACCUCCACCACUGUAGAACAUGCCACAGCUGUGCCUCGAGCCAAAGAAGACUCUCAUGAUCUUCUUCGAAGAUUAUCUAGGGUUUCGAGCAAUAGCCCCAUUGCCAGUCCUGAAAACGCAGGGACGCACAAGGCCAAGGAAGAGGACAGAGCUGCGUUGUCGAAUACGGGUAGAGCAGAAACAGCCGGAGGAGGACUCCAUAUCACGGAAAAGGCGGAUCAGAAAUUCCCAACAUCGCUAGGAACGGGCAAAUCGAAUGCUCUAAGCAAGCCCACAAUUGGAUUUGCAGGUCUCUCUCGGACGCCAUCUACUAAGAGUAUGUCGUCAACGCAGAGCCGAGCAUCAGCAGAUCCAACUGCACGAAUCGAGGGCGAGAUGAAACUCUUCGCGCUCAUGGACAACAUGUCGGAACGCGGUUCAGUCCGGGCCCCGUCACCUCGACCGGAUAUCGAAUCCGAACCUGAGGAUGACGCGGGCAAGGCAGACGAGACACCUCGUGCCCCCAAGUUCGAUCCUCUAUCCAUGCCUACUCCGCAGGUAACGGGCGCUUACGUCGAGACCCCAGUGACUGUCAAGACCGGACCAGUCCAGAUCAAAGAGGAGCCGACCGCAUCGACUCGAGAGCCAGAGAAGAAAGCCAUUUCACAGGCUCGAGAGAUAAGCACCUCGCCACGCUCAACGAAAUCAGAUGGACCGCGAUCACACGGGCGAUCUACCUCGUUUUCGAAAUCACGGCGGUCAAGGUCCACUCCGCGCAAGCGCUUCCCGUUAAGGAAUUCAGUCAAGCCGCCCACUGUGGAGGAAGACCUGAAGCAGAUCCACUUGAGCAACAACAUAGACGAAUCUACGACAGAUGACUUUGAUGACUUCGUGCUUGCUUCCAUAAAAUCUGAGGAGGCUGGAAACGGAGUCUCCGACUCCGAGGAUGCGGAUGCCAUGCCGCAGGAAAAGGACUUGAAGAGGAUGGAACACAUGGGCAAGGCUUUGAGCACUGGUCUUGCUUCCAUCCGGCAGGCCAAGAAGGGCAUCGGGCGUCUCGAAGAUCGGGUUGCACAGUCCGAGCAAGCUCCCCGUCCUACCAAAAACGACACCACGGGUCACGAGGCUCAUGUUUCGAGUUGCCUUGAAUGCGCUGCCGGUCAACAUAGCAGUGGCUUGUCAGCUCAUGUGGCUCUGCCAGUUCCUUCAUUGUGGCGCACACAGCCUAAAUUCAAAAUCACUUGGCUGGGGAAGCUGUUGCUCCUGCUGACCUUCUGGUACGUCGUGGAGAAUAACUUUUACGAUCACUGGGGAAGGCAGUAUGUGUGCUACCGUGGUUCGCCGUGCAGGUCGUCCCCCGACAAUCCCGAUUACGGCUACGUGGUGCCUGUGAAGCUCGACGAGUGGCUCACUGGUGGCAUGGUCCGCCCGCACGCAGCCUACUGGCUGCAGGAAGCCUGGGACCUAUACGCGGAUGUUGAGGACUGGUGGACGGGAACAGACCUCCGCGAUGUCAGAUACGGGGCCAUCUCGGACCCAUUCAAGAGAGAGCAGUACUUCCGACGCAUUCAAAAGAAGGGCCUGCAAGAGCCGUGGACACCAAAACCAGCAUACCGGGCCCUAUUCGAGGCUUAUGGGCGGGAGGCACUGGCGGAGAAAGAGGCUGAGGACCGUGGCGAGCCACGGCCCCCGGUGGACGAGAGGAUGGGCAAGGACGAUGUACUGCCCAAGACCUCGGAGGACCAGGAGCCGCCACGAAUAAUCUGGUUCUGAUGCGAAGUCUGAUUUUUCGCACGGCCAGUCGAGUCGAUUUCAAGAGCCCGUUCACCAAGAUUCUACCGCUCUGGAACACAACAUAUUUGGACGAAACCAUCCAGGAACGGAUACUCAAUCCAGUGUCACAUCACUUGUACAAAAACCGCAGACUCGUUGCUUUUGAUAUUUACGCCAUGAAGGGAAUGGGACUCAUGUUAUGGCGUUGUCUGGCUUCCAUCAUGCGUGGAGUUGGCGGUCUAGCCCUGGAAUCUUAUUCAUUCACUCCGAAGAUGGUACAUAAUUUUUCUUGCCGGCCAUACACCGGAUGGAAAGGAACGGGAGGCGGGAGGAAAUGCGCUGGCAUGCGCGCCGGAGAGAGAGGGCUUCAUGUCCUUAGUGUAUCACAUCACACAAGACGCUCGCCGAUUAGGGAACAACAUCAGCAAGUACUCCAUGUCAUUUCGAUCUUUCGGACGAUUUGACUUCCUUUAUUGCUUAGCUGUCUAGAGCAGCGAAGCGAUAUACAGGAUAUGUCUCAGGGGCGGGCUUGAUGGAUGUUCAUGGGGGGAGUACAUCAGCCCCCGAGCCCUUCUGUUGUUUCGCUGUCUGGGUCAGCGAGACUCGGCGAGUGGUUUUCAGUGGGCCAAGUGGUGGGCUAUCGCUCCGUGUCGAAGCUGCUCUAGCUGUGACAAUGAGAAGACUUUGGGCUAUGAAUAUGGCUUGGGGUCGUUGUUGCUCAAUAGCUGGAGCUCGCUUGACCGGUCACUGUAUUUAGUAUCCUAGAUAUGAUUGUAUAAAAGGAAUAAGAUGGCAUACAUAG